GUUUCUAGUUGCCCCUUGCUUUUUCUGGAAACGCACACACAUGCAUACAUAUACACGCAUAUAUCGGUUGUUGUUGCUCUGUUUCUAGGGUUUUGACGCUCACAUCUUUGCCCAUCUUCAUCUUCAUCUUCAUCUUCUUGUCGAAAAAAGUGGUGAUGGAUAGGUACCAGAGAGUGGAGAAGCCGAGGCCAGAGGAACCCAUAAACGAAAACGAGAUCAGAAUCACUGCCCAAGGUCUCAUUCGCAACUACAUUAGCUAUGCCACCACUCUUCUUCAGGAAAAACAGGCUAGAGAGAUUAUCUUGAAGGCAAUGGGACAGGCGAUCAGUAAGACAGUGGUGAUUGCGGAAAUUAUAAAGAAGAGAAUCCCAGGGUUGUAUCAAGAAACUUCUAUUAGCUCAACAAGCUUAACUGAUGUAUGGGAACCCAUUGAAGAGGGACUUGAAAUGUUGGAGAUUAAUCGCCUGGUCUCACUGAUAACAAUUACAUUAUCAACUAGUGAGCUGGACAACAAUUCUCCAGGAUACCAAGCUCCAUCUAAUGUAGAACAGCCAAAAGCAGAGCAUCAGUAUCAGCAAUGGCAACAACCACCACCAAGACAAGCACGUCGUCCAAUCACUGUUGCUAAUGAAGAUUCAUAUGGCAUUGGAAGAGGUCGUGGUAGAGGCAGAGGAAGAGGUCGAGGCAGGGGCAGGUAUGGGAACCCAGAAAAUGUUGGGUACAAUAACUAUAACUGGGGUCGAGGAGGUGGACGGGGCAGGGCCUGGGGUUAUCGUGGUGCAGGAUAUGAAAGGGGUAGAGAUAGAGGCAGAGGUUAUGGUUAUGGUCAUGGACGGGGAAGGUUGGGCAGCAGUGGAAGGGGUGGUGGUGAUGGAAACCAGACUUAGUUUGAGUUGGUGUCUCUGUUUACUCUCAAAGCUUAAUAUGGUUGGUUAAGAAGCUUAUUAGGGAUAAGAUUUACUACUGUUUUUGAGCAUCAAACUAGUUGGUUAUCCUCCCUGAGCAGUUUUGUUGUCUUUUUUCCUCUCUAUGUGGAUGAGGUAAAGCCCUUUUUAUUUGGUUGGGUUGCUUUGUUUUGGUUGAGAACCGUUUGUUGGUUCUUAUUUUUUGCUGUAAAUCUUUUCACCACCCUUCUGUAGUUGUAUUCCAUUUUUCAUGUAUAUAACAAUUUUAAGCGCUC